AUGGCGAAGUGUCUCGCCGCCGCGCUCCUGCUACUGGCGGUGCUCACGUCCUGCGACGGGAGGGAGCUGAACGAGAAGGUUGCAGCGACACGCGGUGCCGGCGUCGGCGAGUCCAAGGCGAUGGGGUUGCCGGACUUGCCAGCUGUGACUCUCCCCACGGCCCCGACGCUCCCGACGCUCCCCACACUCCCGAUGCUCCCGACGCUCCCGCUGGUGGGAGCCAUUACCGGUACCAGUACAAUUACCGGCCCGGCGGUGGCGCUUCCGGCGAUCCCUGCUCACCCUUGA